AUGCCUAUCCCUUACACAGUCCAAGUUCCUCACUUCUCCGCGUUGCCAGCUCCAGGAUCCCCAGGGGCACCAUACUUUGACGAGACGGAUGUCUCUGAGUUCCUGGAGAAGCUGCAGGAUACGUGUUUCAGGUGUGGCGUUAAAAACAAUGAGGAUAUCAUGGGUAUAUUGCCUCAAUACUGUGCAAAGGUCACCAAAUCCUGGGUAAAGAGGCAGAGUUCAUGGCUGAAAAAGGACUGGGAUACCUUCAAGGAAGACUUCUUGGAGCACUUCUAUGAUGACGAUAGUCAAGCGGACAAUGCAAGACAAUAUCCGUUCGUACCUCAAUGA